UACAGAUAUAAUAAACCUCAACAGAUCUAAACAUGAUCCCGAAUUUCAAAGAAAAUAUAAAACAAAAAAGAAUAAUCAUAUUACAGAUCAACAUUUAAUUCAAUAUUGUAUCUCCUUAAUUGAAUAUUGACCUUUUAUCACUUAAAUUUGUACAGAAAACAACGAAAUAAGUUUCUUAUGAAAUAUAAUACAUUUCUCUCAUCAAUAUGAAAUAAGCAUUUUAAUUAUUUCCAUUGGAAUUUCAUUUCAUCACCUUCUAUUGCCCUUAUUCACUCUCCACGAAACAAACAAAUAAACACACACACACAUACACAUACAUUAUAUAAAUGUAUAAACCUAAUUAAGUCACGGAUAUUAAAAUAAAUGACCCAUGAAAUGUAGUUCAGACUAAAAACAAAAAAAUUGAAGAUAGAAAAGAAGGGGAUAACAACGAUGACGACGACGACAAUAACAACAACAGUCAAAUAAGAAAACCGAAUUAAUUAUUUCAUUAGUUUCCUUUCAUUCAAUAAUGAAUAAUUUGUCAUUUAAUAAAGUCAGUAGAGAAGUGAGAAGAUAUUUGACACUAGUUUUUUUGUGAUAAUCAUUGACCUUAUACAUUAAGGUCACUUUUUUUUAAAAAGAAGGAUAUUUAUACAUUUAAUGAUGAAAAUUGAUCAGUUAUUCUUAUGUCAAAACCAUGUACAUAUAGAGUUGAACAUUUUAUUUAUUGAAAACAUACCAAGGUGACUUGCUUGAAUAUUUGGGCUAACUGUUCCUGUCAUUUAGAUGUUUCAACAAGUUAUCUGUUUCUUUUGUUUGUUUUAUAGAUCAUUAUGCUUAGUAAUCACAUAAUCUAUUCAGUUGCGUUUGUUAAAAGUUUACCAUAUUUCACUGUACAAAUUACAAAAGAGCUCAAUCAGAGACAUCGUGGUUGCUGGCAAUAUAUAUAUCGAAAAGGAUACGUACAUUAAUCAGAUGUCGAUUCCUGAACUGCUAACAUCUAACUGGAGACCACUCAAUAUUCAUCUCAAGGGUCAAUCGAGAAAUAUAGUCAAUAUCAUAAGGAAUUCCUAAGAUGGAUGAAACUGCAAAAUCGUGCAUACAGUACAAUUGACAGACUCGUUCUAGGUAAAGACCGGUGUUAGGCAAGGUUGCUUACUCUCACCCUUUCUCUUUCUCCUAGUGAUCGACUGGAUCAUGAAGACGUCAACACCUGAGGGGAAUUAUGGGAUACAGUGGACAGCUAGGAUGCAGUUGGACGAUCUGGACUUCGAAGAUGAUCUGGCCCUUCUAUCCCAAACGCAACAACAAAUCCAGGAGAAAACGACCAGUGUAGCAGCAGCCUCAGCAGCAGUAGGUCUUAGCAUACAAAAAAGGAAAAUCAGGAUUCUCCGAUACAACACAGCAUGCACCAAUCCAAUCACAAUUGACGGAGAACAUUUGGAAGAUGUAAAAUCCUUUACAUAUUUGGGCAGCAUCAUUGAUGAACACGGUGGAUCUGAUGCAGAUGUGAAGGCGCGGAUCGGAAAAGCAAAAGAAGCAUAUUUCCAACUGGAGAACAUCUGGAACUCAAAACAACUGUCUGUCAACCAACACAAAGGUCAGGAUUUUCAAUACAAAUGUCAAGACACUUCUACUGUAUGGGGCGGAAACUUGAAGAACUACUAAAGCCAUCAUCCAGAAGAUACAGGUGUUUAAUUACAGUUGUCUACGCAAAAUACUUCGGAUCCGUUGGCCGGACACUAUUAGCAACAACCUACUGUGGGAGAGAACAAACCAGAUCUCAGCGGAGGAAGAAAUCAGGAAGAAGUGCUGGAAGUGGAUAGGACACACAUUGAGGAAAGCACCGAACUGCAUCACAAGACAAGCCCUCACAUGGAAUCCUCAAUACGAAAGGAU